UGUGACAUAAAGGGAUCACGGGGUUACGUUGAUGUAACUAAGCAACGUCAGCUCCACCAGUCCGGACCAACAACUGACAGCCUUCAAGGGAAAGAUGGCGACGCGACUCCUUCAGAGAGUGGUGGGCACGGGCCUCAAGCAGACGAGGACCGGGCUUCGGAAGGACGGGCAGGUCUCGACUGUCGUGAGGAGCCUCUCAGCUUUCCAAGAAGACAGCUGGUUCAAGUCUCUGUUUGUUAGGAAGGUGGACCCCCGAAAAGACGCUCACUCUCAUCUGCUUGCCAAGAAGGAAGACAACAAUCUGUACAAAAUACAGUUUCACAAUGUCAAGCCUGAGUGCCUUGAUGCUUACAAUGAACUUUGUGCGGACGUCUUGCCUUCCAUUCAUGCUGACCCUGAAUACCCUUGUGAGCUUGUGGGCACCUGGAACACCUGGUACGGAGAGCAGGAUCAGGCAGUUCACCUGUGGAGAUAUCGGGGAGGAUACCCGGCUCUCACCGACGUCAUGAACAAACUCAGGCAGAAUGAGAAGUUUACGGACUACAGGAAAGAGAGGGGGAAGAUGCUGCUGUCGCGUAGGAAUCAGCUGCUGCUGGAGUUCAGUUUCUGGAACGAACCGGUCCCUCGUCCAGGACCCAACAUCUAUGAGCUCCGAUCAUACCAACUCAGGCCAGGGACGAUGAUCGAGUGGGGAAAUUACUGGGCUCGUGCGAUUGAGUUUCGCCAGCAGAAUCACGAGGCAGUCGGAGGCUUUUUCUCACAGAUUGGAAGUCUGUACACGGUUCACCACUUAUGGGCUUACAAAGACCUUCAGUCCAGAGAAGACACAAGAAAUUCUGCCUGGCAGCAUGACGGCUGGGAUGAGGUGGUUUAUUACACAGUCCCUCUCAUUCAGAACAUGGAAUCUAGAAUAAUGAUUCCCAUGAAGAAUUCGCCCUUGAAGUAACCACAACCAGCGGGGAACCUCUCAACAGCCACUGCAACUGUCUCGCGGAUCUCUGGAGAGUGUAACCAACUAUCAGUUGGUGCACUGCCAGGGAAAUCUGCAUAACAUCCACGUGUUGUUCACAUUUUUGUUUUUGAUUUCUUGUUUGUUUCUUCACUUUUCUUUGUGGGCCUCGAAUGUGUUAUUUCAGAUGAGGUUAAAAACGGAUCUGUUAGAGCAGUUACUGACCCGUUAAUGCGCUUUGUGGAGACCAAAUAUUAUUUCCCAUGCCCAUCCUCGUACCUCUGUGUCUAUCUUGUUAAAGCGUCCGGUUUUAGGAGAUUUGUCGUCUUAUUUUUUGAUGAUUUAAAAACAUCAGUGUGUGUGAGUGUGAUACCAGAUGCAUCAAACAUUUAGCAGUUCUAGUGCUGGUCAUGGGCUGAAAAUGUCUAAAGAUCUUUCAGGAAAACUCGUAAACUCUGUUGCAAUAGCAUUGAUAACAAAUCCAACAAAAACACUGCCUCCAGAGCUCACAGUCUCGCUAUCAAUAUGAAUUGGAUAAACUUCUUUAAAUGUUAAAGGUGAUGGUCAGUUUUACAAAGAGGAGCAUGCUUAUUAUGAAUCAGUGUUCUGAACUCAACAAUGAAGCUGAUUGUUUUGUAGAGCCACAGUCAGACUAGCUUCAUAUUAAGUAAAAUCUCACCAGGUAUACCCGUCAAGAUAAUGCAAAUGUAGUUUACAUGGCUUUGUUCCAGUUAUUUGUUUCAAAAUCAUUUGUCUGGAUGAAAGAAUUCAUAACAACACUGUUAUGGAGAGAAACAUAAAUUAAAGUUUACUAACGCACCACAAGUGUCUCACUAGUCAGUACAGUAAGCGUGUGGUGAAUCUGCCCACGGUGUCAUUUUAUCUUGACAUGAUUCUCCUGGCUCAUCCAGCUGUUGAGAGGGGGGACAAGUUGAAUCAAAUGAUUAUAGACUGUUUU